AUGACUACUCACGUUGGGGAAGUUAACAUUCCAAGUCAUCAAGAUUUUGAAUAUUUUGUUAAUCUUGCAAAAGAUGAAAAUUGUUGGGCUAGAAGCUAUACUAGUAAAAGUAAAACACUUCCGAUAUCAGCUUUCACUCGAGUUAUUGACGGAAAUGAUAUCAAGGCUGUUAAAGUUGAAUCCAUUUUUUCAGGCGUUUCUGCUGUCGAUGUUUACGAAAGCCUUCAAGAUCCCGAGUACCGCAGAACAUGGGAUGAUGCGAUGAAAGAAGGCUUCCGGAUUUGUUACGUUUCACCAAACAGUGAAAUUGGUUAUUACAGGUUAAAAUCGCCAUUUGGGUUGAAAGACCGGGAUUUUGUCAAUCAACGAUCCUGGUAUAUUGGUGAUAAUGUUUAUAUAAUAAUGAACCACAGUGUUGUUCACAAGAAAAUGCCACAGAUUGAGGGUGUUGUUCGAGGAAUUUCUUGUAUAACCGGAUAUUUGAUUAAACCCAUUGGAAACGAUUCUUGUGAAUUUACUUACAUUACUCACUCAGAUCCAAGAGGUAAAAUUCCAACUUGGGUUGUGAACACAACGGUAAAGACAUUUGCUCCUCUGCUAACAAAGCGUUUAUAUGAAGCUGCUUGUGGAUAUGUAGCGUGGAAAGCCACCCAUAAUCCAGAUUUCAGACCAUGGAAUAAUUUUAGCCAACUUCAAACUUUUCCGAAACUCGACCCUGCAGAUGUUGGUAUGCUGAAUGCUUUAUCUGUCAGUGAAAUCAGUGAUAAUGUGGAAGUGCCAGAUCGAAGAAUAAUUUCACCACCUUCUUCUGAAAAUAGUCCAACCCUCCAUGACUACGAAAAGGCUAUUAAAGUAGAUCCUGUCAAAUGGUAA